CAGAAGGCAACUCCGGACAAGAUGCGUAGCUACCUGGCCCUGCCGCUCCUGCUGCUGGGCUGCACCUUGGCCCUGGCCCAGUACCAGUACCGGGCGCCCCAUCAACAGACCCUUGCCCAGCAAUUUGCCGAUGUCGUCGAUGUGGUGGAUCCUGCAGAGGAGGCCCUCAAGGCGGUGAGGCCGCCAAAGAAUCGCAAUCAGUGCAACACCAAGCAGAAUUGCUUCUGUGGCACACCGAAUGUCAAUCGCAUUGUGGGCGGCCAGCAGGUGCGCUCCAACAAGUACCCCUGGACCGCCCAGCUGGUCAAGGGUCGUCACUAUCCCAGGCUCUUCUGCGGCGGCUCCCUGAUCAACGAUCGUUAUGUCCUGACCGCAGCUCAUUGUGUCCAUGGCAAUAGGGAUCAGAUCACCAUUCGGUUGCUGCAGAUCGACAGAUCCUCCCGGGAUCCUGGCAUUGUUAGAAAGGUCGUCCAGACCACCAUCCAUCCCAACUACGAUCCCAAUCGCAUUGUCAACGAUGUGGCCCUGCUGAAGCUGGAGUCUCCGGUCCCACUGACUGGAAACAUGCGUCCUGUCUGCCUGCCCGAGGCCAAUCACAACUUUGAUGGAAAGACGGCUGUGGUGGCUGGCUGGGGUCUGAUCAAGGAGGGUGGCGUCACCUCCAACUAUCUGCAGGAGGUGAAUGUGCCGGUGAUCAGCAACCAGCAGUGCCGGCAGACCCGCUACAAGGACAAGAUCGCCGAGGUGAUGCUCUGCGCCGGUCUAGUCCAGCAGGGCGGCAAGGAUGCCUGCCAGGGUGACAGUGGCGGCCCACUCAUUGUCAACGAGGGUCGCUACAAGCUUGCCGGCGUGGUGUCCUUCGGCUAUGGCUGUGCCCAGAAGAAUGCCCCGGGCGUCUAUGCCAGGGUCAGCAAGUUCCUGGACUGGAUUCAAAAGAACACCGCCGAUGGUUGCUACUGCCAGAGCUAG